AUGAUUAUUUUAACAAUUAUAGAAGCAGUUGUUUCUGCAACAUUCGGUGCUUUAGCUGUAGCCAGCAGUGGAGCACUUCUAACUCAUCAAAAAAUAUUUAAUAACGAAUUCACAAUGACAUUGUCUAAAGUAGUUGAAAGAAUGUUUCUUCCAGCGAUGAUUUUUACGAAUUUUCUAAAAACAGUAACUUUUGAUUCAUUAUUGGGACUCAUUCCAACAAUAUUGACAACAUUUUUUUGUAUAUUUUGUGGAUAUCUGAUCGGAGUAAUAAGCAAUAAAUAUUGGAUAAAAAAAGAAAAUCUAAAUUCCAUCAUUGUCUUAUCAUCAGCUAAUCCUCAUACUAUAAACAUCUAAUUACAGAUAGCUUAUGGUUUAACCACUUACUUUUCCAAGAUAACAAAUUAAUCUGAAAAAGAAACUGAAGCGAAACUUGUUACAAUAAUAAUAAUUUAAACUGUCAUAGUUAAUGCUUUCAGAUGGUCUAUAGGAAAGAGAAUUAUGCAAUAACAUAAAAUUGCUGAACAAUAAAAUGAGGUGGAGCUCCUAAAUUUAAAGAUAACUCAGCCACAGUAAUAAUAAGUUACUCAAAAUAAAAAAUAAGAAUCCUCUUUUUGGAAUCCUCCUCUUAUUUCAGUUAUUGUCUCUUUAUUAUGUUUACCAAUUUAAAAGCAAUUAGUUAAUGAUACGUUUAUACAUAGAGCCCUGUUCUUACCAUUAUAAACAAUUUCAAGAGCAUGUCCUCCUUCUGUUUUAAUGAUUUUGGGAAGUAAUCUCUAUUUAAUAUAUUUUAAAAACACAUAAAAAAAAGAGAAUUUAAUUACAAUCCUUUAAAUUGUGGCUAACAGGUUAAUACUGUUACCUAUUAUUGGAUUAACAACAGUUAUAUGUUUAGAUUAAAUUGGUAUAAUGACAGAUUUGUGUGAAUUAUUCAUUUUGUUCAUCACCUUUUGUACUCCCUCAGCGAUCACUAUCUUAGUUAUGGCAAAGCAAUAUCAAUAAUAAUUAGAAGAUGUCGUUUCAUUAAUAUUAUUUUAUGGAUAUAUACUGUGCAUUAUAACCCUACCUGUUUGGAUGACAAUAUAUCUUGCAAUUUUCUAACCGAAAUGA